AUGGCUCACCUCACCUCAACACUCAACACUCUGCCAGCUAAGCCUGAGAACAUUUCUUGUGUCUACUACUUGGAGAAAAAUUUAAUUUGCACUUGGAGUCCGGAGAAGGAAAUCAGGCACACCCGUUAUACGGUUAAGAGAAUGUACAAUCUUGAGCGGAAACUGGAGACCUGCGAAAUCAACGGUUCUGCUGCUGCUGGAAACGGACCUUCGUGUUCAUUCUCUUCUCUAAAAGUGUUGACGGGGGAUACAUUCAGCAUUCAAGUGGAAGCUACAAAUGCAGAAGGGACAACUCAAUCUGAUGUGACAAAGUGGCGCACAGAUGACAUAGUGAAAACCGAACCACCUGAGAUUUUAAAUGUGAAACCAAUUUCGGGAGUCAAACGAAUGAUUCAAGUCAAAUGGAAAAGACCUAAACAAACAUAUAUGCCAUAUGAUUUUGCAUACAAACUUCAGUUCUGGGCUGUCAACAGUACAGUUAUGACCACAAUCAAUUUCCCUAGCAAUGGCAAUGCCUACAACCUCACAAACCUGCAGUCUUCUAUGGAGUACAUUGUAAAGCUGCAAUGUCAGGUCAUUGGGUCCAAGUUAUGGAGUGACUUUAGCCAAGAAAAAAUGGGAAUGACUGAGGAAGAAGCUCCCUAUGGCCUGGAACUGUGGCGAGUCCUGGGAGCGCCUGAGGUGGAUGGAGAGAGGACAGUGCAGCUGCUCUGGAAGAAAGCAAGAGGAGCCCCAGUUCUGGAGAAGACACUUUUCUAUGAAAUACAGUACUUUUCAGAAAACAAUCCAAACCUUACAGAGACAGAGAACACUACAGCUCAGCAGGUCACACUGCACCUGGGAUGUGAGACGUAUCAGGUGGCUGUUAUUGCUUAUAAUUCUUUUGGACAUUCCCCAGAGGCCAAGCUGAGGAUCCCAGCUAUUCAUGAAAAGCCAUUUCAGUGCAUUGAGGACAUGCAGGCCAGGCUGGCUCAGGACCAGCUGGUGGUGGAGUGGCAGAGCUGUGCCCAAAAGGUGGACAUGUGGAUGGUUGAGUGGGUCCCAGAUUUGGACUCAGAACGCUCUGACUUUUCCUGGGGAUCUGUGACAGGAGCCAAGAAUUGGACAAUCCAGCAAGAUAAAUUAAAACCUUUCUCAUGCUAUAACAUCUCUGUGUACCCUGUGUUGCAAGACAAAGUGGGCGAGCCACGUUCCAUCCAGGCUUAUGCUAAAGAAAAGCCUCCCUCAAAUGGACCUGUGACCAGGGUGGAGAACAUUGGUCUGAAGACAGCCACAAUCACAUGGGAAGAGAUCCCCAAGCAUCAGAGAAAUGGCUUCAUCAGCAACUACACCAUAUUUUGCCAGUCUGAAGAUGGAGAAGAAUUCUCCAAGAUGGUUGACUCCAGCGUUCUGCAAUAUGAUCUAGCGUCUCUGAAACGGAAGACUUCUUACACUGUUGUAGUCAUGGCCAGCACCAGUGCUGGGGGCAAGAAUGGGACCAGUAUAAACUUCAAGACGUUGUCAAUGAAUGUCCUUGAGAUUGUCCUGAUAACUUGCGUGGUUGGAGGAGGCCUUCUUACCCUCAUUGUCCUCACUGUGAUGUACAGUCUCCGGAAACCCAACAAACUGACUCACCUGUGCUGGCCUGUUGUGCCCAACCCUGCUGAAAGUAGUAUAGCUUCGUGGCAUGAAGAUGAUUUCAAGGGCAAGCGAUACCUGAAGGAUGAUGACUCCGUGUACACAGACAAAGACAUGAUCUUAAAAUCAUAUUCUUACCCCCAUGACCUGAUUGACAAGUUGGUGGUGAACUUUGGGAAUUUUCUGGAAGACGUUUCCUCAGAGGAAGCCAGGAAGGGUCAGGAAGGCAUUUCAGGAGGAGAAAGGAACGAAUAUGUGACCUCCCCCAACAGGCGUGACUGUCCGCCAGGGAGGAGUGGGGUGGAGGGCCCAGUUCUGACAGAACCCCCUGCUCCCAGGGCACAACCUCACCCCUAUGCUCCUGAGCUCGGGAAGGAAGGCACCCCAAAUCCGUAUUUGAAAAAUUCAGUGACAACCAGAGAAUUUCUUGCAUUGAAAGUCCUCCCAGGACACACUGAGAGCAAGCUCUGA